GCCACAGCAGGCCUGCAUGUGACAGGCGACGCUCAGCAGGAGGAAUGUCAACCCCCACCUCCAGAUAAGUUUUGACAGCUGUGAAUUGAAAGAGGGACGGGGAGGAGGAGGAGGAGGAGGAGAUCCGUCCAGAAGGCGAUCACCCUGCCUAGGACGUCUCCGGAGAAACUUCUGGAGGUCUGAUCGCAGCACUUAAAGACCAGGAGAGGCGUCCGGGGCUGGAGGACAGUAUCUACGGGACUAAAACGUUGAAGGAGAAAUCAGACAAACCAACAGGCCGACAUGACUCUGCUGUGCUACAACAAAGGCUGUGGACUCAAUUUUGAGCCUGACAAGAACAAAGAUGAUUCCUGCCUCUUCCAUCCAGGUGUUCCCAUCUUCCACGAUGCUCUGAAGGGUUGGUCCUGCUGUCGGAAAAGGACGACGGACUUCUCAGAGUUUCUCUCCAUCAAGGGCUGCACCCGCGGGCGCCACAGCAACGUCAAGCCCCUGGAGCCUCUGAGGCCGGAGGUGUCAUCGGACAAAGGCGGGAAUAAACACACCAACAACCAGGAAAUCAUCUACCAGGGACCCAAGUCUGCAGAGAAGCUGCAGCGGGAGAGACCCAGCUCAGAGGAGCCCAGAAUCAAACUGCCUCACAAAGUGUCAGCGUCUCUGGUUCAGGCGCUGGAGAAACUGGACCUCAACAAGAAGGCCGAGCAGGAGAAGAAAGAGAGUCAGAUAGUCAUGCCGGGGACUCGCUGCAAGAACUCAGGAUGUAAAACGGCUUAUCAGGGCCCAGAGACGGACAUGGAGGUCUGCACCCAUCACCCCGGAGGCCCCGUCUUCCACGAGGGGUAUAAAUACUGGAGCUGCUGCUGCAUAAAGACGACAGAUUUCAACGCCUUCCUCGACCAGAAGGGCUGCACCACGGGGAAACACCGCUGGAUCCCGAAGCAGGACAAGAAGAAGGUGGCGUGUCGACAUGACUGGCACCAGACGGAAAAUAAUGUCGUCGUAACAAUUUACGCCAAGAACGCAAACCCAGACAUGUCCUGCAUAGAGGCCAACCAGACGGUGCUCUCGUGUCAAAUCCAGUUUGAAGACAAUAAGAUUUUCAAGAGAGAGUUCCACUUCUGGGGCGUGGUGAAUGUCAAACAGAGCUCGGUCAACAUGGUGCCGUCCAAAGUGGAGGUCACCCUCCGCAAGGCCGACCAGGUGGCCUGGGGCAAACUGGAAGACCCCAACUACAAACCUGAGCCCGAGCCAGAGGAGGAGGCCAAAACCACAGAGGCGGUCCAGCAGGACUGGGACAUCGAGGACGACGACAUCAGCGACUCGGACGACGACUGGGCCUACGACACGCCGGAGAACAGACGGCUGAGGAAGGCCCGCGAGGAGAAGGUCCUGACCGAGGAGGAGCUGAAGAAGAACGAGGAGGCGAUGAAGAAGAACGAGGAGGAGAUCAAGAACUUGCAGAUGAAAGCGGUGGAGAUGGAGAUAAAAAAGGCGGCGGAGGAGAGAGAGAAGGCGGAGGAGGAGAAGAGGAGAGUGGCGGAGCAGAGGAAGAGGGAGGAGGCGGGAGAGUACGAAGACAUGCCAGAACUCGAGUAGCUCGGGUCCGGAUUACAUUCUGGAGGUUCUCGAAAUGAAGCAAAUGUUUGAAAGUUUGUUUUGUUGCUGCAAAUUCACAUUAAACCACUUUUUUUUUCUGGAUAAAUUACAACACACAACACACCAGAUCCUUUGUUUUUGUUUUUUUUUUAUUUAUGUGUGAUCCAACUGGAUGAAACCUGAGCACAACAAAUAAAGACUUCUGUUUCUAUGUCCAA